AUGGGCAACACGUGCGCCCCGCAGAAGAGGCUGCGCUUCAAGAACUUCGUGCUCGCGGUGUACCCCGAUGACCCACACGACGGGCCAGUGCAGGACGCGCUCGGCAAGCUGGAGAGCUACGUCGCGAGCAACCCAGAGCGCAUCCCACGCGUGUGCCGCAAGAUAUCCAAGCUGAUCGCCAUCUACCUCAAUCGGCAGAAGGUGCAGCGUGUCAUGGUUGGUGUGCAUAUGCUGCGCGAACUCAUAGCACACGCUGACGACGUUAGCGGUUUCGUGCCGCACUCCAUUGACAUGUCUUCCACGCUCUUUUCGCACUCCGCGAUGGAGUACCGCAUCGGCGCGGCAGAUGUGCUGGCGGUAUUAUGCUACAAGCUCGCCGGCCGCGCCGACGGUGAGCAGUCGCGCCGCCUCAUCACUGACAGCAAGGAUCGCCUGCUCGUGCCGCUGGAGCGCAUGUGCGUGGAGAAGCUCGGUAGUGGCUACGGGGACGCCGCCGCGCUGCGCUGCCGCCACGCCGGCGUUGUGGCUUUGGGGAACAUCGCCUUUUGCCUGAAUGGGGCGUUGGCGAUCCUUGCCGAUCGCCUCGUGCUGCCCUUCCUGCAGAACCUCAUGGGAGCACUGCGCCACGCGGACGCGUCCAAGCGGUCACAACCCGGGCCCGCUGAGUUCCUGCAGCAGCUGCAGGAAGGUGGUGGUGGUGGUGGUCCACUCGACAGCGUCGCGCUUCCCACCGACACGCUUGAGCGCGACAUGGCGCACAUCUGCGCCUUGUCGUGGGGGGUUGGGGCGGUGGCUGGCUGCGUGUCGAUUGCCGGGGUGCACCGCUUCCUGCAGCUUGUCGGGGAGUUCAUCACCUCGCAGAAAGCCUGGUCGAUGCCGGUAUUUCCGUGCCUCGUCUUUCGUUCCCUGGCACGGGCGAUGGAGCGGCGGCCGCAGCGGCUCGGCUUCUCGGUGUGCCAGUUUCUUUGUAGGCUUGUUGCUUCCCGCUGGGCGGCGGGGAGUAAAAGUGAGAAUGACCACGUGGCGGGCAUGACCUUCGUGCGCGCACUGAUUGUCUGCGCCGACGAGGUAUGCAUGACCGGUGGACGCCCCCAGCUGGUGUUCGAGGUGGUGCGCAGCAUGAACAUUGCCGAGGCCACAACCGCGGCGACGGCGGCUGCAGCGGAGAGGCUACGGUUGGAUCUGCUGCUGGCGCUCAUGCGAACCACCCACAAGUGGCACAACGCCCCGCAAUUGCACCUUCUCCUCACCGGCAUUCUCACUUGCGUGCGGGAGGCAGCGCCUGGCAAGGCAGCCGCGGUAGCACUGCGGGCGUUGGCCGCUACGUGUGCGUACGUACGCAUUGUGCCGCCCACUGACCGCGGCGACAUCGACGUGAUAGGCACCAUCGCGCCAUUUCUCGACGCACACGACGAGACACAGGUGUACGCGGCGCAAGUACUAGUGGGCCUCAUCGCAGGAAUCCCCCCGUCGGCUGACAAUGACGAUGGCGGCGGAAACGCGGAUGCCGCGGAAUGGAUGUCAGCGCCGCAGCUCGCCACAGACGGGCAGGACGUUGCGGCUGCCGAGAGCUGGGUCGUAUCUGUUGUUAGCGGCGCGCGGGCGGUGACGCCGCUGUGUGUUGUAGAGAUUGGGCGGGUAGUGGCGGCGGUGCUCCAGUGUCGCGGCGCCCCCACGCUGCCCUUCGCGCUAUCUAUUGUGUACAGACUGCAGGAGGGCGUGGCAAGCGACAGGAAAAACAGCGAGCUCCACGUGGCGUUGUCGCACCUCUCGCUGGUGGUGCUCGUCAACUGCGGGGCGCUCUGCGGGAUGCCGAGGCUGACGCGCUACGCAUCGGACCUGCUGCAGGAGCGCCGCCAGGCAAAUGAACUGGCCAGGGCAUUCAGUUCGCGCCUCGGCACCAACGAUAAUGACAGCAGCAGCAACAAGGUUAGCACGCUGCGGCUUGCGAGCGACGGCGACGUGGAGGGCAUCUUGCUGAACGCGGAGCCAGCGAAUAGGCCACCAGUGACGCACCUCAUAGACUUCGACGCCGUCGUGGACAUCAUUGUGGAGGCAAGCUGCAACGGGGCGUCAGCGGCGGGGGAUGUAAUGACGGCGUUCGGCGCCCACAGCGCAGACGAACUGAAGGCGGCCAUUGCGUCCACGUGCUUCCAUGGUGGUGGGGACGGCGGCAUCACACCGCCACUGACGCCCCGCGCACGCGCACGCGCGGAGCGCGCCUUUACGCUGGCGUUCGCUGGGCCGCAGAACACCCCUGGCGCGUUCCUUAGCGUCACGGUCUUGGACGGCAGCGCUGCUGCUUCUCCAGUGUCAACGGGGGUUGUGCCGGGGGCCGCCGGCAAGCGAGUGUUCUUCGCCGAGACGGCAAAGACCCGCAUUGCCGAGCUUCUCGCGCGGCACGGCGUCGGCGCGUCGACGCAGCUGCUGCGGCCCUCCCACUCCAUGGUGUCACUCCCACUGCAGUCGAAGCAGGGUGUGGCCGCUGGUGUUCCUGCCGCUACUUCUUUGGCUACUGCGCGGCGGGGCCCGGUGGCCGGCGGCGCGUCGUGCAGCUCUACUGCGCUUUCAACGCCGUUGUGCAAGCCGCUGCGUGCCUAUGACGAGGGCUUCUACGCGGGCGGCGCGCAUAGUCUCUUGACGACGGAAGCCAUCAAGCUGCGCAUGCGGGCUGGCAAUGUCAGUGGUGGUGGUGGUAGCAGCAGUGGUAGCAGCAGUGGCAGCAGCAACAGCGCCAAGGACAGGGGCAGCGACAACGAGGCCAAAGACGAAGAAAGCGACAUUAGAGGAGAUGGACGGCAGCGGGAGGUAUGCGUUGGCCGCGCUCUCCAGAAUAAUGAUCUCAGCAAAUCAUGGGGCGCCUCGCUGCACGCAAGCAGGUACAUAGAUCUACACUGA